AUGGUGGGCUUCGGGGCCAACCGGAGGGGCGGCCGCCUGCCCUCCCUCGUCUUCGUGGCGCUGCUGGUGGUGAUCGCCAUCCUCGCCUUCAACUGCUGGAACGCCUCGUCCCGCCAGGCCCUGCUGCAGGAGGAGGUGGCGGAGCUGCAGAGCCAGGCCAAGCGCACCGAGGUGGCCCGCGGGCGCCUGGAGAAGAGGAACUCGGACCUGAUGGGCAAGGUCGACUCCCACAAGAAGCAGCUGGAGCAGAAGGAGGCCGACUACAGCCACCUGAGCAGCCAGCUGCAGGCCAGGGACGGCCAGGUGAAGAAGUGCGAGGACAGCAAGAUUAAGCUGCAGAACAACAUAUCAUAUCAAAUGGCAGACAUAAAUCGUUUAAAAGAACAACUAGCAGAAUUACGACAGGAAUUCAUUCGCCAGGAAGAUCAGCUUCAUGAGUACAAGAAGAACAAUACUUACCUUACAAGGAGAUUGGAAUAUGAUAGUCUGCAGUGUGGGCAGCAGAUCAAGGAAAUGAGACUGCAACAUGAAGAAAACAUAAAGAAAUUAAUGGACCAAGUUGUGCGUGAACAAAAGGCUACACAAAAAAUUCAGUCCAGUAAAGACACGGAAGUAAGUCCCAAUAACGAUGACCAGGCAAUAUCUAAGACUGAUCCAGAGGCAGAAGAUAAAAACACAGUAAAGAAUGAGCAGCCUUCAGAUCAUGUUGUAAAUGGCAAAGAGAAAAUCAAACCGGGAGGAGAUGCAGGCAUGCCCGAAAUAGAAGAUAAUGACCCUGCUAAAGCAGAAGAUACUCCCACUGCUUUAAAGAAGCCACUUAUUUCAGCUCCUAAAAGUGAAGGUCAUCAACCUGUUAUAAAUCUUCCAACUGAACAGCCCCAUGCUCCAAAUCUGGCACCAGGUUUGCACAGUGACAGUGAUGGAAAUGCUGAUAUUGCGAAGCAGAUACCUCCAAAUUCUCUCCAGCACUUAAAUUUUGAAGAAAAUAUGGAAAAUCAGAAAGAACACAAAAUUGAGACAGACCAUCUAAACAUUCCAAAGAGCAGAGUUAGUGACUUGCAGAAGAUGAAGCAAAGCCGAUUCUUUGAUGAGAAUGAAUCCCCUGUUGAUCCGCAGCAGGGUUCUAAACUGGCAGAUUAUAAUGGGGAUGAUGGUAACGUGGGUGAGUAUGAGGCAGACAAACAGGCUGAGCUGGCUUACAAUGAGGAAGAGGAUGGUGAUGGUGGAGAAGAAGACGUCCAAGAUGAUGAAGAAAGAGACCUACAAAAUGACCUCGUUGAUUAUGGCAAGCCACGCUUCAGCGACGGCGUCCUUUAAGGCCUGAAUGAAGCAGGAAGCGUGGAUGAGAAGAGAUCUCAGCUGAGGAACUGGAAGUGCUGCAAAACUGAACCAUUUCUACUUCAGUGUUUCUUACUUUAAAGGAAGCCAAUAAUAGAAAGUGAUGAGUAUACUCAAAGUCAGCGAAGUAGCAGAAGGAAACAGUGCUGUACAUAUGUACAUAGUUGUACUAUUGCAGAUUGUAUUAAAGCUACAUUUUUGUUGUUACAUCGAGCCAAUUACUUAGACUGUACCUUACCUGUAAUAAUCUUUACCUUUCAAACCGAUAUUAUAAAUACGGGCUGAAUUGUUUCUGCAAUUUAGAAGACUUUGUAAACUGGAGAACUUGUACAGUUUGUAUCUCAUGUAACAAAUACACUGUGGAAACAAUGUACAGCCAAAGGACUCCUUUUCUACAGUAAUACCUGUACGAGCAAAAAUACUCCUGCUUUUCUCACGAGUGCUGUGUUUUUGUAUUUUGCAGGUGAGCUAUCAGUUGAGAAUGAAAACAGAAUGUUUAAAAAAUUGCUCCUUCCUUAAUGUAACUGAGAAAAGGCUGUGACAGUCUUCGGAAGCAAGUACCAUUUUAAUUCUCGUAUCCAGUGACCAAAUCUCGCAGCUAGAGCUGGAAAUUGGUGAUGUUAGAAUUUUAAUAAUUUGAUACAUCUGAAAAAGUUGUGUAACUAAUAGCUGAUUUUAAAAGGUAAUAUAAAUAAUUCAGCACAGCUUGUAGGAAAUCUUUGUGUAUAUGUUAAAGAGAGCAAGUGUGUUAGUGAGAAACAGACAAGUCUACAGCGGCUUCGUAGGAACCUUAACAGCAGGAACCACCCUUACCCUCAGUAAAUACGUCGUACGCACUGUUCUACUGUCCAAGACCAUCCAUCCCGUGUCACAGUCACUCAAGUUAAUUUACAAUUUAAUACUUUGAUACAGAUCUCUAAACAUCUGUCAUGUUCCACGUUUUGAUUUUCUAUAUCGGAAGGUUUGUAAGUUAGAUACUUUUUGUAUUCUGUGUUUAAGCACUUUCUGAAUUCUAUGGAAAUGGUUCUGUUGAUCUACAGUAGUGAAAAUUAAGGUUAUUAACCCAGCCUGCUUCUCCAAAAGGGCUACUGUGAAAAGGAAUUCUAGGGCCUAUGACGCGGGUGAUUGUACUUUAUCUCUGUACUCAGGUUCCAAGUGGAAGUGACAGUCCAGGUUUACUCAAUGCUGUUCCGUGAACCUUUCAAAUCAAUUUCAGUGUCAUAGAUUUUUUUUUUUUU